UCUCCCCCCAUAGCAGUUAGAAGUUUGGAAGUUUUUACUUGCCAAAAUGGCACUGGCAGACGACAGUAGUUACGAGUCAGUGAUCUGUGUAAAGCCAGAGGUUCAUGUGUACAAGAUCCCACCCCGUGCCACUAACCGUGGAUAUAGGUGAGUUUUUUUUAUGGACCCCACUUUGUUGAUGAACUUUCUUCUAACUACUCGUUAUUAGCUAGCUUGCUAAUGCGUUAGCAAAUCAACAUGAACAAGUGGAAACUGGAGAUGAUCCAGGAAGACAAGGUUGUUGCUAGCUAAUCUUAAUUUGAAAUUCUUCAAUUAUUGAAUGCAUAAAAUGGCGAGUAGAUGAAUAUUGUUUCAGGGAUAAAGUUUUGUAUUCAUUUAGUUUGCUAACUAGGCAGAUAGUUAACUUUCAAUAUGCUAUGAGGUGGCACCUUUGUUUGGCUAGCUAACUUGCUAGCUUCUAAAUAAUUCUAGCCAGGUGAGUUAAGUUACCAACUAACGUUAACGAGUUAGUUAACUAUAAACCUGUAACUAGUAGUUAAACUGAUAUGGUUUGCUCAUAGUUAACAAGUUCAAGUAGGCAAGUCUGCUUUAUUUUCGAGCUGUGUGCAAUGCUAAAUAAAUCGACAAUCCCUAAAACAUGCCACUCGUAUCCGAAGUGUUUACUAGAUAUUUGACUAGUUGGCUAGCCUUCC